GUGGCACGCAUGCUCGUCUCUUUUUCUACUCACCGCUACUUUAUCUCUCUUUGCACCUUUUCUCCACCAUAAUUGUGGUUUCCAGUCAAGAGCUAUGGCUGAGUAUACGCUCGAUCAGCAGAUAUACAUACACCGAGCGCUGGCAGAGAUAUCCCCGUACACGCGAGGUUUUCUUCCGUUUCAUGAUGAGCAGGCGUUUAUGAAGACCACCCGAAUGUCAGUGCUCAAGUUUUUGCGGCUGGUCGACUUACUAAAGAGCCAUCGCUUGCUUGCGGUUGACGACAUCAGAGACGCAGCACUUCAGAUAGCUUUCACCCUGUUUCGUCUGUGCAGUACCCACAGCAUAAGCAUAGCUGCUGAAAAGUUCCAAAUACUGCCGGCACAGGGCCGAAAGUACACUGUGCGAGUGGUCCAGGCGAUUGUAGACACCCUCCAGCACCUCAUUUCCUUUCCAGACCCUGUGUCCAGCCAAGCCAGACAAAGUGCACUUCGGUUCAAGGACAGGGCCGGGUAUUUGGGAGCGGGCAACAUAUGGCUGUCGUACAAGCCAGAAUACCAGCGUGAGCUGUUUCUGUGCCGAGAUGAGGGGAGUGAGGGAAACCCUGGUAUCCGGAUACUAGCUGCAGUGUCUGAUGAGUGCCGCUUUAUGUAUUUAUUCGUCGAGUGUCCUGCAUCUUAUUCAUACAAAGAAGUAAUGUGUGCCUCGCCCUUGUAUCAGAACCAGGGUAGCUUCCUCAAAGAGAAAGCCCAGAUAUCUCCUAGGCCGUAUCUCGAAAAUCAGUAUAUGAUGGACGCACCCCACGGCCAGACCGCACUAAACGUGCCUUGUCCGCCCCAUGUCUCGGCAGUCAUGGCUGUUGGCAACACGUUCUCUAUGUGGAAAAGGGUAUUCCCAUCGUUGAUCCAGCUGCCACUGCUUAUUCGAUCCCACUCUAGCCUCCAAAGCUGCAAAAGCCCAGCCCCAUGUAUGUCCAACGACUGGGUCAGCUGGAUGCCAUGUACGAUCGCCAAGGCGGCUCAAGCAGCGCUGCGGCUAAUACUGGUAAUUAGAUUAGCUCCCUCACCCGUGCCCGCUCCACCAGCAGCGACUCAUUCGCACAUGCAGACCGUGCAUUGCAGGAAUUGCAAGGGAUGUCUGGUUGGCGUUUCUCGACUUGCCGUCCGGCAAGCUAGGCAUGCAGUGCAGCUGGCGCACAUCUCUCCCACCCACAUCCGAAAAAUGCAGUUCGCCGAUUCCCCAGAGGACAGAGCGUAUAUCGACUUAUGCUUGUCUGGUCUGUCCGACGACACCAAGAAUCUACUCCCGUUCGGCAACCCCGACGCGUUCAUGCAACUCGUGCGCAUGUCACCGCUAAUGUUCUUCAAGUUGGUCGAACUAUUAGAGCCACACAAGGCGUUCCAUGGCCGCAUGUCCAAGCAGCGCGAGGUUGCCUUUCAGGUGGCCCUCAUACUGAUUCGCCUUGGUUCGACCACCGACAAAAUCAACACAAUGGCCAAACGAUACAAGAUAUCGAUGGUGACCAUUGGCAUGCUCGAACAUCGUGUAGUAACAGCCAUAUUGGACAAAAUGAAGAGCUAUGCCACCUGGCCUAAGAACCCCACCGACGUCGUUCGUGCUACCAGGCAACAGGGCGCUCCAACACACAACAUGAAUAGGGUCGGAUAUUUGGCAGCUGGAAAAAUAUACCUGUCAUAUGCGCCAUCCUACCGCAAAGCUGAGUUUGUCGCAGAAGAAGAUAAAGGGCAGAUUCGAAAUGGAUAUUUCAGCAUUCGCGUGCUGGCAGUCAUCUCGCCGACAACAAACAGAUUCCUGCAUUUUUUCGCUGGAAAACCGGGCUUCAGUCUCCAACAGUAGCUUGCUUCAGUCGUCGUUGCUGUUUCGCAAACAAAAGGAGAUAUUUCGUGAUGACCAGCACAUUCUAACAGACACAGGGAACAACGAAGGUGAUGACACGCACAUUGCGGCGCCAUAUCGUAU